GACUUUCAGCAGCACCAGCGACUUUACUUGACCCGACCCAACUUGAACCUCACCUACCUUGCCUCCCCAUCCGAAACACCCUUCUCCCCAAGAACAAGAAAUUAAGGCAAAUACCCAAAAUGAAAGCCUACUGGUACGACAACAAGGAAGGCGACCAACGCCUCCCGCACGACUCCAACCGCCCCGUAACAGAAGCCUACCUCGAGACCCUGGGCGUGAUCUACCGCCACCUGCCGGCGCUGGCGGACGUGGACGCGCUGGCCGCCGCGCGCGGCUACAAGAACCGCGACGAGAUCACCGUGUCGCCGGCGACGAUGGGCGAUGUCUACGAGGAGAAGGUCAAGGGCUUCUUCCACGAGCACCUUCACGAGGACGAGGAGAUCCGCUACAUCCGUGACGGUCGGGGUUACUUCGAUGUCCGUGGCCAGCAUGACGAGUGGGUGCGCAUCUGUCUCGAGAAGGAUGAUUUGAUUAUCUUGCCGGCUGGUAUCUAUCAUCGGUUUACCACGGAUGAGGGGAAUUAUAUCAAGGCUAUGCGCCUGUUCCAGGAGGAACCGAAGUGGACGCCUUUGAACCGCAGUGAUGAGUUGGAUGAGAACCCUCACCGCGUUGGGUACCUCGGGACACUUGGGAAGGAUGCUGUUGCUGCUGUUUGAUCGAGGUGAAUCGGUGGCUGUGAUUUUGAGGGCAGCUGGAACCUGGGGGCGUGAUGUGUAUAUAGAACAGGCAAUGAAAUUAUGACACCC